AGUUAGUUGGGCUACUCAGUAUUAAGUUAGCUUUAAUAUUUAGGCAAUUCAUCAAACUAUCCUUUAUUGUGCCUUUGAUAAUGUGGUAAAUUGUUGAGGAUUUCUUUUUUAUUAAUAAAACAUAAACACGGAUCAUAUCAAAUAUCCAGGAAAACGUGAACCAAAGCUGCCCCUGCUUUCCAGGGAUUACGGUAACCGGCGCCAUGCUACCGGAAGAGUCAUUGUGUUGUCCCUUUUGUGAGCUAACGCAGCGACUGAGUUGCGCUUUUUUCCAACAUAAUUCACGGCGGAAGCAAAGUGAAACAUGACUGCAAGCAUGCCGCCGGGGCGCCUGAAUUUAGAGUCGCAGCUAUUGUCCAUAAUGGACGUGCUGGUAAAAGCGGCCGUGGCGGAAAUCAGUCAGCUGUUCUCGGAGAGCUCGUCGUCUCUCCGUUUGCAUCUCACCCAGAGCCUGAAGGAGAAUGAAGCCCUGAGGAUGAGGAUGAAGGUGACCCGGAGUGAGCUGUUCUCCCUCCGGCUGCAGACCAGGACCAACCGGCCGGUCAGCCGCUUCUCCCCGAUCCGAGGAUACACCCCCAAACCCCGUGCUAGACCCCACGUUGUCACUAAGCCACCAAUGUGUCAAAAGAUGGAAGCUGCUGUGGAAACUUCUACUAUUGCUCUACAAUCAGAGAACAAGACUGCCUUCCCGGCCCCUCAAGUGGAGUGUGCAGUGGAGGAGACCUCAGAUGUCAUCCUGAUCAAAGAUGAAGAAGACAUGGGAGGAUGUGUGCCAGUUGGAGGUCAGGAUGACUUUGGAAACCAUAGUACGCAGGGUGGGGUUUCUACAGAGACUCGGAAAUUGGACUCCUGCCGGACAGAUGAUAAUGAGGAUCUGAGAAUCGUGAGUGUUCACGGACGAGGGGAUGGGCCUCUGCAGGAGGAGAGCGACACACUGUUCACUGCGUCUGAACUCCAGGCUUUUAGCUCACUUUCUCCCGACCACAACAUCCACCAUGACAGUCUCCUGAAUUUCACCACAGGUGCCAGCGACAGAGUCCCAAUGAGAGGGAUGCAGGAUAACAGAAACCAACAAAUGGCUUCAACAGCAUUGAAUCCUGCAAUAAAAACGCAAAUAAUAGGAGCUGAUGGUCUUGUGGGGCACCCCAGUCUUGUUAGUCAGUUCACUCAGCAGCCAAACAUCUACCCUCAUGGCAUCAACAAAUCUCUGGACUGUACGUUCUGUGGUGAGCGCUUUCUCAGCCGUGAAGACCUGAUUUUGCACAGAGCAAGUCACACCGGAGAGCCGCCCGUUCUUUGUACCUUUUGCGGCAAAUCAUUUUUCUCCAAGACCACACUCGGCAUUCACAUGCGCAUUCACACAGGGGAGAAGCCUUACGCUUGUAAUCAAUGUGGGAAGCGCUUCACGCAGAAUGGAAGCCUGAAGAUCCACCUGAGGACUCACUCUGGAGAAAAGCCAUACACGUGCAACCAGUGCACAGCCAGCUUCAACAACCCCAGCAACCUGCGCAGACACAUGAUCACACACAACAGUAACGGGCUGAUCUGACAAUGAAAGAUACAAAGGCUUAAAGACUUAACAUGAGAUUUUAUAUUUUUAAAGAAUUCACUUUUACUGACUGUGCUGCAUUGUGUUUGUGUGCUUUCGUUUUUUUUUUUUGUUAACUUCAAAGAGAAGUUAUAAUUGGUCUAAUGCACUCCUUAAAGCACGAGUACACCAAUGUUUAUCUUGUCAGAUACCCAGUAAAAUGAAUAAGGUUUUUAUUCAUCUUUUUAUACCAUCUGAAAAAAUAUAUGACUCUUUCAUCUUUCAAGGAGUAAUUACAGUGCCUUCAUUUUAAUCAAAUUGAUAAAUACUUUAAACAAUGUUUACACAGCUGAUUCUGCAAAAUAUACAACUGUAGCUUCAUGCUAUAAGUAAUCAGUCAAUGUGAAAGAUAUGCUCAUCUUUAGAGACUCUCGCAUUUGUUGUCUUGACUAUUCAGAACAAAUCCUGUAAACUUUAGUGAAAAUCAUGUGCACAACCGUGAGACAACCAUACAACAGAUUCAGAUUUGGACGUUGGAUAACAAUGUAUAUAUUGUGAUAUAGUAAAUGCUCAAGAAAACAGUUGAUCUAUAAUCCAAUUAAUUAAAUUAUAUAUUCAAUUGAAGGUAUCACACUGAUGCAGCAGCCCUGUCAGUCCAUAAGACAGUUCUGCUCAUUUAUCUGCCAAGGUUAGAGAUAUUACAGAUACUCAAGGGGUCACAUUUUUUAACUGUUCUGGCAAAAUCCAGUUAUGACCAGGUUAUGAUAUGAUUCACACAUUUCUAUUGGUAUGUAUUGCAUGGGCGCCAAACCCUAGGUACAUCAAAUCAUGUUACUACAGUUAUGAAAUUCACAGUGGACAAAAAAAUCCCCAAAACACUGACUAAUCAUCCGAUUUAGAGUAAUCUUAUCACAAUAUUAUAAUUUAUUAGCAAUCAAAAAUGUUUGUCCUACUGUAUUGUAAGCUGAAUACCUGGUGUAGGAAGAGGGACAUUUAAACAUGUUUUCUUUUUGUAUGUGUGUAUAAUUUAAAAAUCAAACUACCUCCACUUUCUUCUCUGUUUCAGCUCUUCUCCUUUUUUGCACUUCCCAGAAUGUUAAAGACUGCUCAUUAAUACUUUAAGUGUGGUUUCUGUCUGUGGAUUUGUAAAUAAAAAAAUAUGGAUUUGUUUAACAGUU